AUGAGCGAGGCCGAGCAGCAAACCGAGCGCGCUGAGGCGCCCAGCGAGGUGCAGAACAACCCUCCUCCCUUGCCUGCGCGGAGAAAGCGCGAGCGCGAGGUGAGUGGGCCUGUGCAGGAAGAGGCGGCCGAAGCCGCGCCUGCGCCUGCCACCACGACGAAAAAGGUGCGUGGAGACGAAUCGCAGCCUUCAUUUUCCUCGUUUGCCUCAUCGGCGAGUCCCUUUGCAGGUGUGAAAGGCAAUGAGGAGAAGAAGGAGGAAAAAGAAGAGGAGGUGAAAGAGAAAAAGAGCGACGAGGCCAAGGCAGGCAGCAAGAAGGAUGAGAAGGCGACCGAUGUGGCCAACGCGGCCGGCGCCGACGUCCCGGCGGUCAGCAUGCCUACGUCGACUCCUGCCGCGGCGCCUGCUGUAAUGCCUACGACAGAAACACCCGGUGCGUCCGUGUCAAGUGCGUCUACGACGCCCGUCUCUGCACCGAUUGCCACACCGAUCACUGCGCCUGUCUCUGGGGCGACGGCCGCCCCGAUUGCGGCCCCCGUGCCAGGUGGCCCCCAGCUGGGCUUUGGCGCGUUUGCCGCGCGCUCUGCGCCCUUCAAGUCGGCGACUGCACUCUCUGAAAAGGCCGUCGAGGCCGAAAAAGACACCUCGAACUGGACCAAAGCCGAGAAGGAGGAAGCGCUGCAGCCCGACGCGCAGGACAUUGUCGUGCGCAAGCGCUCUCUGCGCAGGCCCGAUACGGAGCUGACGACCGGCGAAGAGGAGGAAAAGACGAUCUACUCGGCGCGUGCCAAGCUCUUUACUAUGGCCAAGGACCAGUCGUGGAAAGAGCGCGGGACGGGUGCGAUGAAGAUCAAUCUGCGCACGCACGAAAACGGCACGUCAGCGCGGCUUGUGAUGCGCUCCGACGCCGUGCUAAAAGUCAUUCUCAACGUCAAACUCUUCCCCGGUAUGCAAUGCGAUUUGGAGCAGGAGCGUUUCAUCCGCUUUGUUGCGAUGGAGGAGGAAGGGCUGGUGCACUUUGCCAUGAAACUCGCGAAUGCAAACGAGGCCGCCGCCUUCCUGGAGCAGCUCCAGGAAAACAUACCCGUGCGCACCUCCGCCGAGAACACGCAGACCGCAUCGUGA